AUGAGAAGCGAAAGGACUGCCCUCACGCAUCGAAUCACUGACGAAGAGGAGUCGGCGAUCGUUUACGACUCUCUCGAUAGCUGGUGGUACAAGCUCCAGCAGAAGAAGCUGUGGAUCGGAAUCGGCGUGGUGGUUGUGGUUGCGGUGCUGGCCGCCGUGGUGCUGAUCGUUGCGUUGAGCGCCGGCCUGUCCGAUGACGACGACAAUGACAACAAGCACAAGGGCACCAACUACUAUGAGAGCGUGACCGCAACGAACAUCCAGAAGCACCUGGCCAAGCUCUUUGCUACGGCCAACAACCUCACGAACAACACUGUCAACUCGCGCUCAGUGCGCAACGGGUACAACGAGUCUGCGGCGUACAUCAUCCAACAACUGGAGCAAGUGGUCGGCAAAGACUUUUGUGAGGUGUCGACCCAGGACUUCGUGGUGCCCGUGUACCAGCAGCUGGACAGCCCCAAGCUCGUCCUCACCGCUGUCUCUGGCAACGGCUCCUUCUCGCCCUUGGCCUACCAGCUUGGCGUGGACUUCAUCGGCAUGCGGUACGGCGGCAACGGAACGUACAACAUCAGCGCCGGCAUCUCGGUGGUCGCCAAUGUGGGCUGCGACCCGAGCGACUAUGACUCGGUCGCCCCGAACUCCAUUGCCCUCAUCCAGCGCGGCGGCAACUGCACCUUUUACGGCAAGGCUCUUUUGGCCGAGGCCAAGAACGCUGCGGCGAUCCUGUUCUACAACCAGGUCACCACGACCGUGAUCACCGCGGCGCGCGUGUUCGAUUCCACCUGGGUCCCCACCGACCCGAUCAUUCAGAUUCCGUCGCUCGGCAUUUCCUACUCCGUGGGCAACACCCUUCGUUCUCUCAGUGAGCGCGGCCCCAUCGAGGUGAACCUCGUCACUCGCUCUCAGGUCACCGUCGACCCCACGUUCAACGUGUUCUGCACCACCAAGAAGGGCGAUCCCAAGAACAUCGUCAUGGCCGGCGCUCACCUCGACUCGGUGCCUGAGGGUCCCGGCGUGAACGACAACGGCAGCGGUUCGUCGUCGGUGCUCGAGCUGGCCGUCCAGAUGGCGCGCCAGGGCAUCACGCCCCACAACAAGGUCACGUUCGCCUGGUGGGGCGCCGAGGAGCUGGGACUGAUCGGCUCGCGGGCCUACGUGCGCAGCAUCGUCAACACCACGCAAGAGAAGGACAUCGUGGCCUAUUUGAACUUUGACAUGCUGGGCUCGCCCAACUAUGUACCGGGGAUCCACAACGGCACUGACACUCCCGCCAACGUGCGCAAUGGUAGCGUGGUCAUCCAGGGCCUGUUCGAGGAGUUCUUCAACAAGGUCCUCAAGAAGCCCUACGAGCUCACGGGCAUGAGCGGCGGUUCGGAUUACUACCCGUUCGUCAUCUACACCAACAUCGCUGCCGGUGGUCUGGCGACCGGCGCGUCCGCGCUGAAGACCAUGGACCAGCGCGCCAUCUUUGGCGGUUUCGCUGACACUCAGUUGGAUACCUGCUACCACAUGCCGUGCGACACGCUGGACAACAUCGAUGCGGUCUGCCUGCAGGACAUGGCCCGGGCUGCGGCCUACGUGCUGCAGCGCCUGGCCCUAGAAAAGGACGUGCGGAAGUUCGUCUACGGCGCCUAG